GAAUUCCCUUACAACAUUUUCCUAGACUAUGAGGGUAGACGUCCCGUAACGUAAAACAACAGUCUGCUGUUGGGUGGAUUAGGGUGUUUUGAAGCUUGGUUCUUCGAGUUAGAGCGGUAGGAAUAUAGACGAGAUCAGAGAGUGUGACUGGCGGCGAGUGUAGAAGUGCCGCGGUUGUCAAGUUCUUUUUUUUUUUUUUUUUUUUUUGGUCAUGGCUGCAACGGGAGGAGGUAAAAUUAGAGCUCGGAGAUACCAUAUAGCUUCCAAACCAUACAUCAAGAACAAACAGGGAAUUAUUAGCAGAGUUACAGACACUGUGAAGAAUAUUGUGCCAGGCUGGUUGCAGCGCUAUUUCAAGCAGAACAUUGACAAUGUACCACCAGAAGAAGAAAAAGGAGGCAGGGAAACGGCGGUGCUUGAGCAGAAUGAAGAAAAUGACCAGUCUUACACAGAUGAAGAAAGUCAAGUGUUCACAGAUGGAAGAAAUACUCCUGAACCUAUGCCUGGCAAUAAUGUAGAUGGUAGGUAG